AGAAAUAGAGUUUCAUAUUAGUCUACUGCAAUAGUGGUAUCAGAGCCCACCACCAACGAGACCUCUGACCUCUUUACUUCCUAACCAUGGACUCCAACAGCAGCUCCUCUGAAAACAAUGCAUUCAACCCAAACUCAGCAGCCACCGUGAUCAACAAUCAGCGCGGCCCCUUCUCAUUCAACGUCGCAGCUUUUCCCUUAAAGUUGACUCCAACUAAUUAUUUAUCUUGGAAAUCACAAUUCACUUGUCUUCUUGCAGGAUUUGAGCUCCUCAGUUAUUUGGAUGGUUUUCAUCCAUCCCCUAUUGCCACAGAACCAAGCUACACGCUCAAGUCUGUGGUAGAUGAAUUAGGGACAAUAGAUCGGCCUCUCACUGAUGAUGAUCUUACAGUCUACAUAUUGAAUGGACUGGGACUAGAAUUCCGAGAGAUAGCAGCCUCUCUUCGUACUCGUGAUUCAUCCCUCUCCUUUGAUGAUCUACAUGAUCGACUGGUGGCUCAUGAGGAAAGCCUUAGGCGAGAGGAACUCAAGGCUGAUUCUUCCCCAAUAACUGCACACUAUGCUUCAAUCCCUAAGUCUAUGUCGCCAUCACAGCUACCGAUGAUUGGCUCUUAGACUCAUGAGCAACUAAUCAUGUAACCACUGAUUUGGCAAACCUUGCACUCCACUCUAAGUAUCAUGGUCCUAAUGAACUCCAAAUUGGUGA